CAGUCCCUCAUUGCCUCUGGAUAUCCCACACCCCCUGAGCAAUCUCCGUCGCUGCUGCUGCUUCCUGCUCCUGCUCCUACCUUCUUAAACAACCACCUCGCCGCCCUCGCUCGCCCUCCAAUAGACUUUUACCCUUUCCCUCCUCACGAAUCCUCACUCUUACAACCUCCGACUACUGCGGCAUUCUUACCUCGCCAACAAUACCCGACCAACAGCCGAUAUACACUGUACACCCACUCGACCACAUCCUCGGGCUCUGAGUUCCCGUCAGAUCCAACCAACGACAUCUCAAGAAGUGACUUGGCCGCUUGUUUGCUUCUCAGCCGUGCCUCUGCAGCAAGCACACUCCCACAACGGACUCCUUCUGUGGUCCAGUCGCUCCUUUCUGCUGCGCUGCGCUCCUCUGCCUGGGCAAACAUCCCUCGGCCGAUACGUCCACCGCUGAUUCUCGUACUCGACGACUGCAACUCCUGCUGCAUCCCGCCCCCCGCCCAGCUACUACUGUUUUUGCUGCAGUAUUUUGUCACAUUCGGCUUCGCAACUUACUCCAACGUCGAGUUCCAGCGUGUAAUAUUGGAGGAUCUAGAUUUGGUUUCUGACCAAACGAGAAUCUCGAAGAUGGCGGGUGAUCAGGGAGCCGGUGGCGGCAUAGAAAGCAACCGUCGCCACAUGUCGACUUCGACUCGCAACGGCGAGAACGAGCCCAUUCAGGAGUCUGAGCCGCAGACCGGAAAGCAGACGCAACAAGAGGAGGCGAAGCCCCAGUUCAAGCAAUCGUCACAAGUCUCUCCCAGAGGCUUCAACCCACCCUCGAACACAUCAACACCCACAACAGCACCUCUCAUGGCCAGAGCAUCAUCCAACAGUUCAACUGUAUCAACGCCAAAUGUGCCUACAGACAGCUACUUCGGGACUGUGCCGGAGGUCAAGGCUUCUGCUCCCCGGAUCUCUCGGCCGAUUGAGCCCCCUGUGACCAAGGUGACCCUAAGCGAGCUGGAUGUCUGCAAAAUUAUGCACAACCCAAAGUUGCGUCAUGACAUCAACUUUGACCCCGAGUUGCACUUCCGCCCUAAUCUGGACGGCGACAAGGGCAAGAGGAAACAACACAAGGCGGACCUUUUCUGGAACACCCUUCAGGAGCAGCUCAUCCAGUUCGUGAGCGAACCAGAGUCCUUCUUCUCUGCACACGGUCAGGAUGAUGACUGGUGCUUGCCAUCUUUGUUGAAGGCGGUUAAGGAAAUCAUUCAGACUUUGGUGCCCCAAAGAGACAGAGUUUACUUGGAUGAGGGCCUCAAUGUCGAUUUGCUGAUGCAGCAGUUCUACAGGGGAAUCGCAGACUUGGAAAAGCUUGCUCUGUGGCUAUCUCGAGUUCUCAAAUCCCACUGCGCUCCGAUGCGUGACGAGUGGGUGGACCAGAUGUACACACAGUUGAGCAACGGAAACCGGACCAACAACGUGGAUGAGCUUGUCAAGGGCAUGAAAAGUCUGCUCAGUGUUUUGGAGGCUAUGAAGCUCGACGUUGCCAAUCAUCAGAUUCGCUGCCUUCGCCCGAUCCUUAUUGAGGGAACCAUUCCAUUUGAGCGCAAGUUCUUCGAGAAAAAGAUUCAGGGGAGCAAGCUGGACGUCACUCAAGCAAAUGCCUGGUAUAGGGAUGCUGAGCAGAGAUAUGCUGCUUCUGUGUCUCCCAUCGCAGCUCAUUCCUUUGGGGAGAUGUCUGUCUUCUUUGAAGCCAUCUCUCGCCUGGUCUUGCCCUCGGUAUCCGAAAAGGCGUUGCCCAACACCUUCAUCUUUGACGAAGAGAGAUUCGGCAAGCUCCGGGCGGAUAUGUUGGACGCCAUCAACUUGGAGGUCUGCAUGCGUAUGUACGACGACCUCGAGAGAGUAGGCCGAUUGAACGCCCCUCUCUUCGCCAGCUCCUUCUCACAGUUCGACGACGAGCCUCGCAGCCGCCCUCUUUCCAUGACUCCCGACUUCAACUUCAACACUCCGCCCUCGCGGCCGUCGAGUCUCGCCUUUAGCUCCGGCGACUCUGCCACUUCAUCGCCCCGAUCUUCUCUCAUCCUACCGCCUCAACCUACCUCCGAUCCCACAGAAUCUCUUGCCAAGGCUAGAGAUGUCUACAACUCCUUGGUCGCGCUGCUCCACACCUCGCCGCCGCCGCGUAGGCACGAAUCUCGCUGGGAGGCCAUUGCUCCCUCGCUGGCCCUUCAAAUCUUCCGAUUCACCAACGCACCCGCCGACAUGCUACCGGUCUUCGAGUCGAAGCUCGCUUCCCACGUUUGCGACAUCAACAGCCCCUUGUUCCAAGAGGUCGAGGCGCACUUCCACCACAGGCUUCUGAUGGAGCUCCAGAAGCGCGUGCGCGAGUUUCGCGGGCUGACUGGGGUCGGUCUUUUCACCGUUGCCACUGGCGGCCGUGCCCAAGGCUCAGGACGAUCCAUCGGCAGUCCCGACCGUGAGGGCUCGGUCUCCGACGGCAACCGUGAGAACCGGGAUGACGGCGGAAUCGAGGACAUGGCGACUCGGCUGGCACACCUUGGCAUCCUCCACUGGAGAGUUUUCGCCGGCCUUGCAUACACUGAAGAAGAGCAGGCCGACAGCUUGAUGGAAAUGAACCAGUUCUGA